AACUUUUGCGCAAUGAACCGCAGUCAGUCGGGCACUGAAUUUGACCGACGGCGGCAACAACAUGAUGGACUUAUGACACACAGCGUUUUCUGCAAAUUGCUCGUUUGAGGACGGACUUAAUUGCGAUUUACAUGAAAUUCAAUACUUUCUCCUCAAGCUGAGUUUGAUUAUCGAAGUUUGACCAGACCAAUCACGAUGACUUUAAUUUUCCUUUUCAUUUUAUCAACUAUGGGGACCGGUCAGUCAGUGGUCACAGGACACAGGGACGUUUACACAAACCACUGGGCAGUGCGGAUUGCAGGGGGUCCCGGGCAAGCAGACAAAAUAGCCGAAAAAUAUGGAUACAAAAACUUGGGACAGAUAGGAAGCCUGGAGGAUCAUUACCAUUUCCACCACAGCAGAGUGGUUCGCAGAGCAGCCUACUCUUUUAGGGGCCCCCACAGCUUCAUCCAUAUGGACCCCAAGGUGGACUGGGCUGAGCAGCAGCUAGUAAAGCAGAGAGUAAAGAGGUACACCAGAAGUGACCCAAACUUCAUUCACUUCAAUGACCCAAAAUGGUCCAACAUGUGGUACAUUCAUUGCACUGAUAAGAACAACCGCUGUCGCUCAGAGAUGAACAUCCUGGCAGCCUGGCAAAGGGGCUACACUGGCAAGAAUGUGGUGGUGACGAUCUUGGAUGACGGCAUCGAGAGGAAUCACCCAGAUCUGGCCCAGAACUAUGACCAGCUAGCGAGCUACGACGUCAAUGGGAAUGACCAUGACCCCACACCACGUUAUGACUCCAGCAAUGAAAACAUACAUGGAACUCGGUGUGCGGGUGAAGUCGCAGCGGUGGCCAAUAACUCCCAUUGCAUCGUGGGGAUUGCCUACAACGCUCACAUCGGAGGUAUCCGUAUGCUGGAUGGUGAUGUGACUGAUAUAGUGGAGGCCAAGUCUCUGGGAAUCCGACCAGACUACAUCGACAUCUACAGUGCUAGCUGGGGGCCCAAAGAUGACGGCAAAACAGUGGAUGGCCCAGGGCUGCUGGCCAAACAAGCCUUUGAGUUUGGCAUCAAAAAGGGUCGAAAAGGCCUGGGAUCCAUUUUCGUUUGGGCAUCUGGCAAUGGUGGUCAGCAGGGUGACCACUGUUCAUGUGACGGCUACACCAGCAGCAUCUACACCAUCUCCAUCUCCAGCACCACAGAUAACGGCAACAAACCCUGGUACUUGGAGGUCUGCAGCUCCACCUUGGCCACAACCUACAGCAGCGGAGAGUUUUACGACAGGAGGAUUGUAACCACUGAUCUCCGGCAUCGCUGCACUGAUGGACAUACCGGGACCUCCGUCUCUGCUCCCAUGGUGGCCGGGGUCAUCGCUCUCGCUUUGGAGGCCAACCUGCUGCUCACAUGGAGAGAUGUGCAGCACCUUCUGGUGAAGACAUCCAGACCGGUUCACCUCAAAGCCAACGACUGGAAGACCAACGCCGCUGGACACAGAGUCAGUCACCUGUAUGGCUUCGGCCUGGUGGAUGCAGAGGCCAUGGUGGUGGAGGCUAAGAAGUGGAGGACUGUUCCUCCCCAGCAUUCCUGUACCCGGAUGUCAGACAGACGCACCAGGUAUAUCCGUGCUGGACAAAGCCUGAACAGCAGCGUAACCACCUCUGGAUGCUCGGAGCAAGCCGAGCAGCAUGUGGUGUACCUGGAGCACGUGGUGGUCAAGGUUCUGAUCGUCCACCCACGACGAGGAGACCUGGAGAUCAGCCUCAUCUCUCCAUCUGGGACACGAUCCCAGCUGCUGGCCAAGAGAUUGUUUGACAAUUCCAACGAGGGCUUUAGAAACUGGGAGUUCAUGACUGUUCAUUGCUGGGGCGAGAGGGCGGAGGGGACAUGGACCCUGGAGAUCACUGACUCCCCCUCACAGCUACGCAACCCCGGGGUGCUCGGCAAACUUAAAGAGUGGACAUUAACACUUUAUGGCACGUCUGAGCCCUCGCACCAGUCCUACGGCGCUCAGCACUCCCGCUCUAGGAUGUUGGAGAUCCCGAGCCCCGAGGAGCUGCCAGAGGACCCGGAACAGCACGAGGAAGAGGAAGACGAGUACAGCGGUCCAUGCGACACAGAGUGUGGAGACCAAGGCUGUGAUGGGCCGGACGCUGACCACUGUCUCAACUGUAUCCACUUCAGCUUGGGCACCUUGAAAAGUGGCAGGACCUGUGUGAGUCACUGUCCACUGGGAUACUAUGAGGACCCAGCAGCUCGUCGCUGUAGACGCUGCCAUAAAGGCUGUGAGAGGUGUGUCGGUCAGUCAGCCACUGAAUGUCUGUCCUGCCGAAGAGGCCUCUACCUCAACACACUCAACUCCACCUGCACCGAUGCCUGCCCCUCAGGCUAUUUUGCUGAUGAAAUUCAGAGACAGUGUGUGAAGUGUCAUGAGACCUGUUUGCGGUGCCUGAGGGAUGCGGACAGGUGCACUGCCUGCAGCGAGGGCUACAGUCUGGCAGGCAUGACCUGUGUUCCUGAAUGCACCAAUGGAACCUUUUUUGACCUGGAGGAGAUGAAGUGCAGCCCAUGCCAUUCCUCCUGUUGGACGUGUACAGGACCAGGUAAGGAGGAGUGUAUCCAGUGUGCAGAGGGUUACCUGCAGCAGGAGUGGAGGUGUGUUCAGACCUGUAGUCCUGGCUACUACUCUGGAAUGGCAGCAGGCUUCCCUCAGACCAUGUGUCACAAGUGUGAGGAGAAUUGUCUCACCUGCGAUGGCCCCGGAACAACUUGUACCAGAUGCAAAGAGGGCUACAAUCUGGUCAGCAGGACUUGCAUUGUGAAUGCAACCUGUAACAAUGCGGAUGAGGUGUUCUGCGAGAUGGUGAAGUCUAACCGGCUCUGCGAGAAGAAGCUCUUCCGUCAGUUCUGCUGCCGGACGUGUCUGAUGAAUGGGUGAAGACUCCUGCCGCUGUGUACUUCCAUGUAGAUUUCUAUUCCUUUAAGUCUGUGUUGGAGAGAAGAAGAAAACUGAAGAGUUCAUUUCCAAAGUACCUCCGGUCCAUUUAGAAAAAAAGUCAUCGUUACCUGAUGUUAAUCAGUCAGUACAUGGAGAAUGCAUUCUGUGCCAGUGUUAAUCGUUUUAUCAACAGUGGAAUUAAAAUAGCUCCUAUCAUUUGUUUGAGUUGUGUGGUGUUAAUCACAUUGUAAGAGUUGGAGGUGCCAAAUUGUGGACAUCUCACUUUGGAACAAAACUCUUCCGUUUUAUUUCUGCAGGUCGCAGAAGCUGGGUGUGAUGUUCAUAAUAUAUAUUUUUAAAGUGGCCAUUUUUAUAAACUAUGUGCAGUAUGUAGAACAUGUACAAAUAGUUCAUUUUCUACUCAAAAUCAUUGUAAAGGUGCUUUUUACAACUACACAUGAAAGUCACUACAAGAACCACUGUUUUCAUUCAAAUCUAGUCAAGAAUGGAGCUGGUAGUCAUGAUGUGAUUAGGAGGAAGUGUCACUAUUGAAAUUUGGAUCUGUUUUUAUUCUGAAAGCAAAAUGAAUGUCAAU